GGGUUUUGAUCAUUUUCUUAUAAAGGGAAUCGUUAACGCCUCCUCUUCUCUUCUGUUAAGAGGGAACCAUAAACCAAGACCAAGCUUCACAGAGGCAGAAGCAGCGUCAGCCGCCAUGGUUAAGUACUCAAGAGAGCCUGAUAAUUCCACCAAAUCUUGCAAGGCCAGGGGCUCUGACCUUAGAGUUCAUUUCAAGAACACGAGGGAGACCGCCCAUGCCUUGAGGAAGUUGCCUUUGGCUAAGGCUAAGAGGUAUUUGGAGGAUGUUAUGGCUCACAAACAAGCUAUACCUUUUCGACGUUUCUGUGGUGGGGUUGGACGUACUGCACAGGCAAAGAACAGGCACUCAAAUGGGCAAGGACGCUGGCCUGUUAAAUCUGCCAGAUUCAUUCUAGAUUUGCUCAAGAAUGCUGAGAGUAAUGCCGAGGUCAAAGGCUUGGAUGUCGAUGCCCUCUACAUUUCUCAUAUCCAAGUGAAUCAGGCACAGAAGCAGAGGCGUCGAACUUAUCGCGCUCAUGGAAGAAUCAAUCCUUACAUGUCUAGCCCGUGUCAUAUUGAGUUGAUUUUGUCCGAGAAGGAAGAGCCAGUGAAGAAGGAGCCUGAGACCCAGCUAGCUACAAGCAAAUCUAAGAAGUCUCAAGCUCUACGAAGUGGUGCUGCCUCUUAAGUGGCAAUCAUAUUUUACCAUUUCAAGGAGCACUUUCUUAUAUCCCUGUGUUGUUUUUAUUUGAAGAGAGUUUUGUGGCAUUUUAUUUAGAAAGAGCAGCAUUUUAGUCGAAUUGAGCAGCUUGUUUGUUAUGUUUAGUUAUUAUAUGAAAUUUUUGUUGGAGAACUUGGAUGAAAGAGCAACUUUUCAGAGUCUGAUUAUAUGUUGGUGAAAAAUCUUAUAAAUUUUGUUGACUGGUUGUAGUCUUUUAUCGCCAGUGAAAA